AUGAAGCUUCAUCUGUCAUCAGUCCUGCUGGCAGCGGCCGCCACGGUCGUAGCGCAGGACACCUUCUCAAACCCAGUCUUGUGGCAGGAUCUUGCCGAUCUCGAAGUCAUUCGUGUCAAUGACACGUACUACUACACCGCUUCCACGAUGCACUACUCUCCUGGUGCUCCCGUACUAAAGAGUUACAACCUGGUCGAUUGGGAGUUCGUCGGAAACUCCGUCCCCGAACUUAUCUUCGGCGAUGAGUAUUACUUGAACGGUACCUCCCGUGCAUACGUAGGCGGGAUUUGGGCCAGUAGUCUACAGUACCGCGCGAGCAAUGGCGUUUUCUACUGGUAUGGCUGUAUUCAAUCUGGAGAAAUGAAGACUUGGAUUUUCACAGCAAGCGAUCCGGCUGGACCAUGGACUGCGCAACCGCCCAUCGAUGAGUGUUUCUAUGAUUUGGGUAUCCUAGUCGACGACGAUGACACCAUGUACGUCGCAUACGGAAGGUACAACAUCAGCGUUGCUCAACUUUCUCCUGACGGACUGAAGCCAGUGAGGAACGAGGUACAUUUCACAUUUUCCUAA